UAAAACAUCCGAUACAGACGCAUUAUUUCUUGCUGUUUUUCCAUUUCAUAUCAUCAACGGCCUCUAUAAUGUCCGGAUACACAGAAGAAUACAUCCAGCAAAAGCUGACCGAACGUCUGGAGGCAACGCAUGUGGAAGUGGUCGAUGAAUCGGAUGGUUGUGGUGGCAAGUUUCGUGUGGUAGUCGUUUCACCUCAGUUUCAAGGCAAAGCUUUAUUACAACGCCACAGACUCGUGAACGCUGCCCUGGAGGAAGAGCUGAAGACCAUACACGCAUUUUCACAGAAAACCUACACCCCGGAACAGUGGGCCGGUGAAGCUGGCAAAUAAAACUGUCCGCCCGCAGCGUGUUUUCUUUG